AUGGGUAGGUCAAACAUAGUAACGGAUAAAAGAAAGAAUAGAAAGAAUAAUAAAAAAACCAAGAAUAAUAAAAAUGUGAUAUUAUAUUCAGAUAGGAAGAAAAAUAAGUUUAAAGUUGAACAAAUGAAUAAACUUAUAGAUAUGAAGGAAAUUGAUGGAGCCAUACUUGAGAAAGUUAUAUCUGAUCAUAAUAAUAGCAAUAGUAGAAAUUCACAAGAUAAUUCGAAAAAUAUGAAGAUCAAAGCAUUGCAUACAAAAAGGUUGAUCCAUGAUCAAAAGAAAGAUAAAAUAAUACAGGAAAGAAUAGAGAAAGAAAAAAAAGAGGCAGAGAAUAGUAUUUCAAAACAAAUUGAAAUGAUAUCUGGAUUUUCAUUGUAA